AUGACCUCAGACAAUUACGCGGUCUUCCGCGAAUGUUUCUCAAAUGCCAUCGUCUCUCGCUCAGAGAGUAAAUCAAGAACAUCCAAACGAAAAUCCAAAGGCAAACGCAAUGCCCGCAAAGAUGUGACAGAAGACAUCUCAACGGAACGAGCAAACCCAGAAGAGCUCGCCGAAUUCGUCGACUUCCUCGCCUCAGAAACUUUCACCUCCUUCCCGGAAGCCCUCCAAAACCUCACCUACUCCGCAACCCAACACGACCCAACCCUGACAACCCUCUACGUCCCCCCAGACGCAGACACCCCUUUAGACCGCACGACCCUCGAAACCCUAUGCACCCCAAUUCCCCUCUCAGUAACGGACUCUCUAGCAGUCUAUGGCAUAAUCCCAGACGCAGCCGACCUCCCGGAUUUCCUCUCGCCAAUCCUAUCAGAGUACACAACCAGCGUGACGGCCGGGCCGCCCGUGUGGGCGGAUACGCGGACAGACGCGUGCGAGAUCUGCGAGAGGGAUUGGAUUCCGCUUUCUUAUCAUCAUCUUAUUCCGCGGGGGGUGCAUGCGAAGGUCGUUAAGAAGGGGUGGCAUGAGGAGUGGAUGUUGAAUAGUGUCGCUUGGCUUUGUCGGGCAUGUCAUAGUUUCGUGCAUCGUAUGGCUAGUAAUGAGGAGCUUGCUCGGGAGUGGUUUACUGUUGAGAGGAUUUUGGAGAGGGAGGAUGUACAGGAUUGGGCGGGGUGGGUUGGGAGGGUUAGGUGGAAGGCUAGGUAG